CUCCUCGUCAGCCGCAAGCUCUUCAUCUGGUCCCUCUCCCUCCUCCUCGCCUCCGCCGUCCUCGCCGGUUUCAUAACCCUAAUCGUCAAGACCGUGCCACGUCACCACCGCCCCCCUCCGCCCCCGGACAACUACACCCUCGCCCUUCACAAGGCCCUCAUGUUCUUCAACGCGCAGAGAUCCGGGGUUCUCCCGAAGCACAACAACGUGUCCUGGAGGGGGAACUCGGGGUUGAAGGACGGGAUCUCGGACCCGGCGGUGAGGCGGAGUUUGGUUGGCGGGUUUUACGAUGCUGGGGAUGCGAUUAAGUUCAAUUUCCCGCAGAGUUUCGCGAUGACGAUGCUGAGUUGGAGUGUGAUUGAGUACAGCAAGAAGUAUGAGGCUGUUGGGGAAUUGGGGCACGUUAGGGAGACCAUUAAGUGGGGAGCUGAUUAUUUGUUGAAGACUUUUAAUCACACUGCGGAUUCGAUUGAUCGGAUCGCUGCGCAGGUUGGUCAAGGGGAUACAUCAGGAGGUGCAACACCAAAUGAUCACUAUUGUUGGAUGAGACCUGAAGACAUUGAUUACCCACGUCCAGUUCUCGAGUGCCACGCAUGCUCUGAUCUUGCUGCUGAGAUGGCAGCAGCUUUGGCUUCAGCUUCUAUUGUGUUUAAAGACAACAAGAAAUACUCUCAGAAAUUGGUUCAUGGGGCGACGACAUUGUUCAAAUUUUCGAGGGAUCAGAGAGGGAGAUAUAGCGAAGGCAAUGAUCCAGCCAAAUUCUAUAAUUCGACCAUGUAUUGGGACGAGUUUGUUUGGGGAGGGACAUGGAUGUAUCUUGCUACGGGGAAUACGUCUUAUCUUAGGUUGGCUACUCAUCCUACAAUGGCUAAGCAUGCUGGGGCUUUUUGGGGCGGGCCUGAUUACGGAGUGCUUAGCUGGGACAACAAGCUUGCCGGUGCUCAAAUUCUUCUUAGCAGAUUGAGGUUAUUUCUGAGUCCGGGCUAUCCUUAUGAAGAAAUGUUGAGGACUUUCCACAACCAAACCGGCAUUAUUAUGUGCUCCUACUUGCCAGUUUUCACCUCCUUUAACCGAACCAAAGGUGGCCUGAUUCAAUUAAAUCAUGGAAGACCGCAGCCUCUUCAGUAUGUAGUAAAUGCAGCCUUCCUUGCAUCAGUCUUUAGCGAUUAUCUUGAAGCUGCUGAUACCCCGGGAUGGUAUUGUGGUCCAAACUUUUUCUCCACCAAGGUUCUGCGCAAUUUUGCCAAAGACCAGAUCGAUUACAUUCUUGGUAAAAAUCCUCGAAAGAUGAGCUAUGUUGUGGGGUUUGGCAAGCACUACCCAAAACACGUCCACCACCGAGGUGCAUCAAUCCCCAAGAACAGGGUCAAAUACAGCUGCAAAGGUGGGUGGAAAUGGAGAGAUAGCAAGAAGCCAAACCCUAACACGAUAGUUGGAGCGAUGGUUGCUGGCCCAGAUCGACACGAUGGGUUCCACGACGUCCGCACAAAUUACAAUUACACCGAAGCAACUCUUGCAGGCAAUGCUGGUCUUGUUGCUGCCCUCGUCUCUCUCUCUGGCGAGAAUGAUGGUGUCACUGGUGUUGAUAAGAACACGAUAUUCUCUGCGGUUCCUCCGAUGUUCCCGACUCCUCCACCACCUCCAGCACCUUGGAAGCCGUGAGAUCUGUUUUAUUAUUAGUUUUGUCAUUGUUUGUUAGAUUAUUUUUUCGAUCUCAGGUUAUGGAGGGCUGACAGAGCAUUCUGUGGUUCAAGGAAAUUAGCCUGUGGAAGCUUUGAUGCUGCAGAUGGAUUUUCUAGCGGUGUUGUAUCAUGAAUUAAUUUUAUGAUGUAUAGUAAUAGUAUGUGUAUACUGAUGAGAUUGGAAAAUAAUGAACUUUCUAAUUUGCAUUGAUUUC